AUGCGCAUGCGCAAAAGUUCCGUGAGGCUAAGCUUGAUUUUUCAAGUUACGUAUAGUGACGUUACUAUAUCGAAUAUUUUGACGUUAUGUAACUUGGCUUCGACAACUGCGUUUUUCUUAGAAGCUUAUGAGUGUCUAAAUGUGUCACACUAUAUAACUUAAAACAAAGCGAACCGCUUUACUGUGCACUUCCGACCGUGAUUAACUGAAGACGGAAACAACAAGCAGUGAAUGCUCUCGUUUUCUUCAGCCGUUGGACCUUUUCGUCGCGAGCUCAGCAUUAUCGCUUGCCUUGCCUCACGAGGGAACCAGCCCAGCCCAGUCUUGUCAGCGCGCGGCGGUGGUUGAAGAUGGCGCUAGCCGAAUGGAAAUCCUAAUGACAGUCUCCAAAUUUGCCUCUUUUUGUACCAUGGGCGCCAAUGCCUCUGCUCUGGAGAAAGAGAUUGGAUCUGAGCAGUUUCCAGUCAAUGAGCACUACUUUGGCCUGGUCAAUUUUGGAAACACCUGCUACUGCAACUCGGUGCUGCAGGCUCUGUACUUCUGCCGACCGUUUCGGGAGAAGAUCUUGGCGUACCGCAGUCAGCCUCGGCGAAAGGAGAACCUGCUCACCUGCCUGGCCGACCUCUUUCACAGUAUUGCCAACCAGAAGAGGAAAGUGGGCGUCAUACCGCCCAAGAAGUUCAUCACACGGCUUCGCAAAGAGAAUGAGCUGUUUGACAAUUACAUGCAGCAGGAUGCCCAUGAAUUCCUGAACUACCUGCUCAACACCAUCGCAGACUUGCUUCAGGAGGAGAGAAAGCAGGACAAGACCAACGGCCGCCUUGCCAACGGCACGUUGGACUCUCAGAACAACAACAGCAAUGCCACGCCCGCUCCGACCUGGGUCCAUGAGAUCUUCCAAGGCACUCUGACCAAUGAGACGCGCUGCCUCACCUGUGAAACGAUAAGCAGCAAAGAUGAGGAUUUUCUGGACCUUUCUGUGGAUGUAGAACAGAAUACCUCCAUCACGCACUGCCUCAGAGGUUUCAGUAACACAGAGACUCUGUGCAGUGAGUACAAAUACUACUGUGAAGAAUGUAGAAGCAAGCAGGAGGCACACAAGAGGAUGCGUGUUAAGAAGCUGCCGAUGAUCUUGGCUCUGCACCUGAAGCGCUUUAAGUACAUGGAGCAGCUGCAGCGCUACACCAAGCUGUCCUAUCGCGUCGUCUUCCCUCUGGAGCUCCGCCUGUUCAACACCUCCGGGGACGCCACCAAUCCGGAGAGGCUCUACGACCUGGUCGCUGUGGUGGUGCAUUGUGGGAGUGGGCCAAACAGGGGUCACUACAUUGCCAUUGUGAAAAGUCAUGACUUCUGGUUGCUGUUCGAUGAUGAUAUUGUAGAGAAAAUCGAUGCACAGGCCAUAGAAGAGUUCUACGGACUCACUUCUGAAAUAUCCAAGAACUCCGAGUCGGGCUACAUCCUCUUCUACCAGUCCAGAGACUAAACGUGGAGCAGCCGUGUUCUGCCACAGAAACCAGAAGAAAGGCUCUGUUCCCUCUUUACGAGGAGCGGCGGACUGUAAACACGCCACAGCAGCCCGCACGGCGUCACACCUGCCCGCACAGCUGUAUUUAAUUCUUGUGCUUCUUACACGCUCGGCGCUGCAGCUCAGCCGUUGGAAGUUCCUCCUCCUUCCCCUGUGUCCUUCCAUUCCACCUCGUCCCCUUCACUCUGGACGCUGCUGCUGCCUGGACGAUGAGACGAUAAUGAAUGCAAACUGUGUCAAGAUUGUUUUUAAAAAAACAAGACGU